UUUAUUGAGCGGGCAGCGGCCAAUUAUUGUUUUUCUCUCCGUUUUAAAGCCUCUACUCUUCGUUGAGUUCUUAGGAAGUGUAGAUCUCUCGGUCUUCACUUAAUACUUGAAACAACGACAAGAACAGCUGUUAGGGAGCAGACUGGACAGUCCUGUCUUGCUGUGAAAAGGUGAUGUCACUUGCGGGAAUUUGUAUUUCAUUCGCGCUACACGUAUCUGAUUUUUACAUACAUAUUAUAUCUAAUGAAAGGUCUUGAAAUUGGCUUAAUCUCCGUAGAACUUUGAAAAGAAGAAUGACGAAAUCAAAGCUUUACACCUUGGCUUUUAUUCGAAAUGGAAACAACAUUCUUCUGGGGAUGAAAAAGAGAGGGUUUGGAGCUGGUCGGUGGAACGGUUUUGGCGGGAAAGUGGACGCGGACGAAACAAUUUUGCAAGCCGCUAAAAGGUAAAGCUGCCAAUCGUUUUCAACCCUCAGUCUUCUUUUUGCUUUAAAAACUUUUUAAUCUUACUAUGAUCUUUCUUCGCUAUGAUUAGUCUCCUAUUUUUCUUCGCAAUUGUUCAGAGGCAACACAUGCGAGCGCGCGAGGUCACAUCCCGCGAGGAAACGCGACGGGCACUGCUUUUACCAUUCCUGGGGGGUCAUUCCUUACAAUCUAUCUCCCAGCGCGGGACAGGAAGGGAGCUAGCGGGAUAUCAAUCAUCAUAUAAGCUGUAUGGGCAUGUACUGCUGUCAAGGCAGAAUCCACAGCCAAAAGGCCAAAACAGGUCAAAUUAGCUUAUUGGCCCUAUAUAACCUAAGGAGGAAGACAGAGACAUUAGAAUAAGGAUGGAAGUUGGGGAGAGUUGAAAACACUGACCUGCGGUUCCCAGACUACCCACUGACCCCCACUUCAAAGACUACCCUACAGACUACUCCUACGGACUACCCUAAAAAAUCAACCAAAUUCACUUUUGCAAAGGAAAUAGAUAGAACAAACCUACCUCCACUGUGCUUCCUACAGAUCCAUAAACAGCCACCAUCUUGUUUUUCGCCGGUUUCAUCGACCCAGUCUUUUUUUAGUCCUGCUCCAUUCUUUUUUGGCUACCAGCCAGCACGCUGUUAGCUACAUACAGUGUCAAAAAAAGUGUUUAAAGAUUGGGUUCUUGAAAGCAAAGACCCCUAAGACCCCCUACCGAAUGACUCUGAACUUUACUGAUUAGGGUUAGGAAACUGAGUGAAUCAGGUUCCAUUUAGGUCAUUACACUGAGAAACCUGACCUUAAAGAAUUGAUUCACUCAGUUUGCUAACCCUAAUCUUAAGCGGUCUUAGGGGUCUUUGUUUUCAAGAUGGAACUCUGGGUUCUACGCUUUCACGUAGUUUACACCUACUUGAUGAAUGACAUCAGUAACCCAGUCUGCAGCCUUUUGUGAAGUACAUGCCAACUGAUGGUAACUCAAAUUUCAUACAAUCAGUCAAUGGAUGUGAAAAGAAAAUUACGGUGAUACCAAAACCCCAGGGCAGGAGACGGAACCAAUUUUGGAAGUAGCCAUGUCGCCUAUAAGCCGUGGGCCUCAAUCUCCUAUGUGCAGGAUUGACAUAUAUUGGGCAUGAAGUUAGGUUGCAAUAUGAAAGACUGGGUCCAGGAAAAAAUAAGAUGUCAACUGUUUAUUGCGUAGCAACACGGGUAGGUUUGUUGUAUCUCUUUCCCCCAUAAAAACUGAAUUUGGUUGAAAUUUUAGGGUAGUCCUUCAGGGUACUGCGUGGGGUUGUUCGCGGAGUUUUCCAUAGGGUAGUCCACUGAGUGGGGUUCAGUGGUAGUCCGCGGACCAGGGUCAGUGUUUUUCACCCUUGAAGUUGAAUGGGUUGGAGGAAACAUUUUAAACACAAAAAUGGAGAAGAGAUCCAUACAAAUGCACAGGGCGUCAACACACUGACAAUGUGCUCAAUCAGUUACUUAGCGUAAAUGUUUCGACUUUAAUAAUGCUAGAAAUUUUUCUUAAUUAUGAAUAAAAUUCAGUCCUAAAUUUUACCAUCUAAAAUAUAACAAUUUAUUGAACUCAAAUGAUUUCAAAAAAUUGUGGCUUUUAAUUAACACUCGAGGGAAGGCAUGGCAAAUGAUUAUCAUAUUAUGGAUAUAUUGUUUUGAUUGGGCUGAGAUAAAAAAUUGUUUCUGGUUAACAUACAUGUAGGCUACAAGUAGGAGAGAAUUUUAUUUUUUAUUACAGUUGAACUCCCUUUAAGCAGCCACCUAUGAACCAGCUACCCUCUAUUAAGCAGCAAAAUAAUUGUAGAAAAGAAUAGUAAAUUAAACCUCUGUUAAGCAGCCACCUCUAUGAGCAAGUGGCCAUGGCCUCCUUUUGGCCAUUUGAUGAGAAUUCUACUAAUGCUGUCACCUUUAUUAAGCAGCCAUUAAGUAUUUGAUACACAUAAUUUAGCUUCAAUUUAAAAUAUGAUGAAGGAAAAUACAGUCAAAGAUAGAAGAUGAGGAGUGAUUGUGGAGAGAUAAUGCUACUUCUGUCUCUUAGUGAUAUUUCUGGUAAAGAUUAUGCUAAUUUAUGACAAACCUCAAUUGAGUGGCCAAGGGUGGCCACUUAAUGGGGGGUCAACAAUAUUAUAUCAUUUUAAAAACAGCAAAAUCUGGGUUGGUGAGCAAAUGGGGGAGAAGUAAAUUGCUUUAGACAUUUUUUUAAACAUGAAAUAAGGUUAUUGGUGGCAUUUUAACAGGAGUCUGUGGAUAUUAUCUUUGUUUGUUUACAGGGAAUUGUGGGAAGAAUCAGGUCUGACAGUAGACGAACUCCAAGAGGCUGGAAUUUUGAAGUUUGAAUUUGUUGGUGAAGCUCAAAUAAUGGAGGUUCAUGUUUUCACCACUAGUAUUUUCAAAGGAACACCGGCUGAAUCUGAUGGUAAUUCAGUUUAACAUAGAAUGGCAUACCUAGUUCCCAUUCAAAGUGAAGCAAGCAAUGAAGAGUGUUACAACAAUACAUUAAACCCUUCAUGACUACUGACCAGUCAACUAGGAGGUAUACCCACCCUUUCCCCUGGUCUACUCUCAUCUAGAUCUGAAAUGGUGUCAUUCAUCUGGCACUGUAUUAGUUUCAGCUGUCAAACCUGACCUAUUUUUAGGGCAAUCUUUUCUUAUCUUUUGUGGUUUGAGCUGAACAAAACAGGACCUGAUUUUUAGAAAAUGGGCAGCCUUGUUAAACAAAAUUUGCUAACCCUGAGUCUAAAACUAUCAAGACAGUCAAGCCAAUUGACUACUAUUAGAAAAAAUCAUGCAGUUGCCAUCUGUUUGACUCAGUUUGUUGGGUACCUGAGUUAAGUGAUGUAGGUCCAGUUUGAUUUCUUGAUCCUUCAAAGACCCCAUCUCACCGCCCAUUUACUGAAGUGAAUCUCUUGGGAUGCAAAAUAACCACUAAGGAUGUAUCCAUCUGUCCAGUGAUCUGUCACCAGGGAGACUUAACCUGAAGUUAAGCUCUAGCUGCUUUGUUGACCUUACCCCUUUAAAGUGGUUUAUAAUGUAUGUAAACAGAACAAUUUUAAUCUUUUUUUCUGUAGAAAUGAGGCCCAAGUGGUUUUCUUUAUCAGAGGUACCAUUCAGUGACAUGUGGCCGGAUGACCCUCUGUGGUUUCCAUUGAUGUUGAAUGGGCAGAAGUUCUCUGGAUAUUUUAAGUUUAAAGGACACUCAGAAAUCCUUGAUUACACCCUUCAGCCCUCAUGUGCAGUUUGAUGUUUUUGUAAAAAAUUGUUUUGAGAGUUACAUUAAUGCCAUGACACAUCUUAUCACCAGCUUCUACCCAUGUAGUUUCACUCUGAGCUUUGACUGAGCUUUUCUCAUUUAAGUAGCUAAAGGCAGUUCUUUUUAAGGAGUGCCCAUCGUAAAAAAAUCUCUGCAUUUUAUAACGUAAAACAAAUGAACGAAGCAUGGCAGGGACCCACUUUAGGGGUCAUUUUAUAGGGUUUGUACAGUUUUAAAUUCUUGAUAAAGUCUUCAAUUUUUUUGCAGACCAAUUAAAUGUUUAGAUGUUUUUUGUUUUAAUACAUGUAAUUGUCUCUCGAUCUCCACCCCUGGCUGAUUCAUCAACUUUCAUUUCCUUGGUCUUCCUUUUUCGUACCAUGGUGGGAACAUGGUUGCGCCACCAUAAGGCCCAUGGAAAGGUGGUUAUCACCAGGAAAGUGGGUGCACGUAGGUCUGAAUAUCAGGUUCAGCUAUUCACAGUUUAGGUGUUAUGAUGGGCUAAAAUGCCUAGAAAAACGAGCAUUUUUGACAACUUUCCCCUAUUUUGGUGAGAAAACGUAAUUUUCCUGAAGAUUCAAAAAUUGAGAUUCAUAAUUAGCAAAUUGCUACUGGAACUGUCUGUAAUUUGAUACUCUUUAAGGUAGCUUCCAAACAGUUUUUUUCAUCAAUUUUUAGCUUUGAGUUGUAUUAUUUAUCUCAUAUGUUAGGAAUAGGAAAAUGAUAUAUUCGUGAGUUAGCCCCAGUGAGAGAGCAAAAUCUGCCCC